GCUGAUAUGAACAUAUUUUUAGAUGAUCCAGAAUUUGCAGAAAUUAUUCUGAGAGCAGAACAAGCUAUAGAGUGUGGAGUUUUUCCAGAAAGAAUCUCUCAAGGAUCCAGUGGGAGUUACUUUGCCAAGGAUCCAAAAGGGAAAAUUAUUGGAGUGUUCAAACCAAAAUCUGAAGAGCCUUACGGACAUCUAAAUCCAAAAUGGACCAAAUAUUUUCACAAAGUUUGUUGUCCUUGCUGCUUUGGCAGAGGCUGCCUCGUUCCAAAUCAGGGAUACCUCUCUGAAGCUGGUGCCUAUCUUGUGGAUGACAAGCUGGGGCUAGGAGUUGUACCUAAAACUAAGGUUGUCUGGCUUGUCAGUGAGACCUUUAAUUACAGUGCAAUAGAUCGUGCAAAGUCAAGAGGAAAAAAAUAUGCUCUAGAAAAAGUGCCAAAAGUUGCUAAAAAAUUUAAUCGAAUUGGACUACCUCCUAAGGUUGGCUCCUUCCAGCUGUUUGUUGAAGGAUAUAAGGAAGCUGACUACUGGCUCAGGAAGUUUGAAACUGAUCCUUUACCUGAGAACACAAGGAAAGAAUUUCAGUCACAGUUUGAAAGAUUGGUUAUCUUGGAUUAUGUAAUCAGAAAUACAGACAGAGGUAACGAUAACUGGUUAGUCAGGUAUGAAAAACAAGAUGAUGGACGUGAUCUGUCAGAUAAGGAUAGUCAGUGGACUAUAACUAAAGAAUCUACUAUUAAGAUUGCUGCAAUUGACAAUGGUUUAGCAUUUCCUUUUAAGCAUCCUGAUGAGUGGAGGGCAUAUCCCUUUCACUGGGCUUGGCUGUCUCAAGCAAAAGUUCCUUUCUCUCAGGAGACCAGAGAUUUAGUUCUUCCUCGCAUUUCUGAUAUGAACUUCGUGCAGGAUCUUUGUGAAGAUCUUUAUGAACUAUUUAAGACUGAUAAAGGAUUUGACAAGGCUACUUUUGAAAACCAAAUGUCCGUUAUGAGGGGGCAGAUACUAAACCUUACUCAGGCAUUAAAGGAUGAAAAAAGUCCCAUUCAGCUUGUUCAGAUGCCCCGUGUGAUUGUGGAGCGAAGCAGCACUGGAAGUCAGGGCCGGAUUGUUCAUCUGAGUAAUGCGUUCACACAGACCUUUCACAGCAGGAAGCCUUUCUUUUCCUCCUGGUAGCAACAAAAAUACAUGGGAAGAGUUAAGUUUCUCUUAACUUUAGAAAGCUACUUCUGUGUAAAGGCUCUGCAAUAACAUAUUUCUGCUGUAUAGCAAGAGCUCUGACUGCCGACACCUCAGAACUUCUAAAUUCUAAAGACUUAAGAAAUGUAUUUUGAAUGUAAUAAAAGUUUACAAUUUUUGUCUCAAAAUUGUGAAUUCUUAUGUCAGGGAAUGAGAAGAACUUGUCCAUAUUGUAUUUUUAUAGGCUAAAUUACUGUAUUCUGAAUAAGGGAAGAUACACAGUUUGCAUAUGCUAAGAAACUACUUUUGAAUACAACAGGAUUUCUUUUUGUUUGAUAUAAAUGUAAGAACCUAUAUGCUAUCAAUUUCUUUUUAUAUGGUCUUUAAAAAAAAGUGCAGAAUGUUAUCACUGAUUGUAAAAAUGCUUUUCCUUGGAAUUUCUUUCUGAUACUUUAAGCUGUUGAUAGAUUUUUCAUAAGCCAGUUACUUGAAAAGUCAGGCACUAAAAAAAAAUAAUAAUAAUAAAAAAAUCAUUCUGUCCUUGA